UCUGGGAGUAGCAAAAUCGAUCGCUGACAUAAACAAAAUGGCAGCAGCCGAUAUGGAUUGGACUUAGUGACAUGUCUUUUUUUCUGUUAAGCAUUAUUUGGCAUCAUGUCAUCUUCUGCAGCACAGAAAGGUGGUAAAAAAUUUACACUAAAAACUGUUCUAGAUGGAUUACGAGGUUCGGGUAGUUCUUCGCAAAGUCGUCCAGAAACAGAAAUUGAGGAAACUCUACGAAGUGAGCAUUAUCAUGUGACGAAGACUGUCAGACAUGGAUUUCCAUUUACACCAACUGCUCUUGCUUUUGAUCCAAUUCAACAUUUACUGGCUAUUGGCAACAGAAAUGGUUCCUUAAGAAUCAUUGGUCAACCUGGAGUAGAUUGCCACUGUAGUCAUGAAUCUGAAGUAUCUAUUGUACAGAUUUUGUUCCUCAUUAAUGAAGGAGCCCUGGUCACCGUAACAAGUGAUGAUCAAUUACAUCUCUGGAAUUUUCGUCAGAAACGUCCAACUAUAGUACAUUCUCUUAAGUUCCAAAGAGAAAAAAUCUCCAAAUGUCAUUUACCUUUUCAAAGUAAAUGGUUAUAUGUUGGCACUGAGAGGGGUAAUGUUCAUGUAGUCAACAUUGAAUCCUUUACUUGCUCUGGAUACAUAAUUAAUUGGAACAAGGCAAUUGAACUCUCACGUAAGACUCAUCCUGGUCAUGUGGUCCAUCUAAGUGAUAACCCAGUUGAUGCAAACAAGCUUUUAAUUGGGUUUGAAACUGGUGCCAUAGUAUUCUGGGACUUAAGGACAAAGUCUGCUGAAUACAGAUACAACUCUCAUGAGGCUUUGAGAUCUAUAUCUUGGCACAACGAAGGCAAGCAAUUUAUGUGUAGUCACACUGAUGGCAGUUUGUCAACAUGGAAUGUAAAAAUGCCUCAACGACCUGUUUCUGUUACCUCACCUCAUGCCAAAAUUGGUCCUGAAGGGAAACCAGAUUUAUGUAAACCUAUUAAUAAAGUUGAGUGGAGAGCUAAUCGUUCUGGUGAUUCAGUUGUUAUUUUUUCUGGUGGCAUGUCAUAUGACCGAGCUUGUCGAACUCCAACUAUAACUGUCAUGGCUGGCAAGAGCACCACUGUAUUAGAAAUGGAACAUAAUAUUGUGGACUUUGUUAGCAUUUGUGAUACUCCUUGGGUUAAUGAUUUUCAGGACCCUUAUGCCAUAAUAGUACUGCUGCUAAAUGAUUUAGUUGUAAUAGACCUCACAACACCUGGGUAUCCAUGUUUUGAAAAUCCAUAUCCGAUGGACCUUCAUGAAUCUCCUGUGACAGCCUGUCAGUAUUAUGCUAAUUGUCCCAUGGACAUCAUCCCAGCUUUGUAUUCCACUGGCAAGAAUCAGAAAAAAACUGGUUUUAGUGAUAAGCCUUGGCCAAUUAAAGGUGGUUCCUGGGGUUCCAGUGGAACAAGUUACCCUGAAAUUAUUAUAACUGGUCAUGCAGAUGGAUCAUUAAAGUUUUGGGAUGCAUCUUCAGUAACUUUACAAUUUUUAUAUAAAUUAAAAACUGCUAAAGUUUUUGAAAAACCAAAACGACCUUCAGAAGACAAAGAUGAUGAUCCAUUUGCAAUCCAGAAUAUCUUCCUGUGCCUGGAGAGUCGCAUUAUGUGUGUUGCUGGACCUACACAUUGUAUACUAUUUAAAUUUUCCAAGCAAGAGGCUAAUGUUGAGACUGUUGCCUUGGAAUUCUCCAUUGUAUAUGAGGUUUUUGAUGAACUGGAUUCACCUGAUUUUGAUUUUUCCAAACCCAGCCUUAGUGUAAUGGGACAACACAGCAGCAGUAUGGGAUCUUACUCCUCUACAGCCUCAGAAAAUGCAAGAUCAGAGGCAAUAACUUCUGUCAAAGCCAAAACAGGCAAUCACCGAUGGGGACCUGGGUUUCUUCCUGAACUUGUUUGCAUAUUAUGUUGGGUAGAUGGAGAACCUGCAGGAAACAUUACAGUUAUGUCUCUUAAUUCUUCUUAUGGCCUUUUGGCUUUUGGAAAUGAAUCAGGGUUGGCCAUUGUUGAUUACUUACAAAAAACUUGUUUACUUAAUUUGGGCACUCCUGAUUUGUACGGCUCGAUGGAUCCCUAUCAAAGAGCUCCAAGAUCACCUAGAUCCAAAAGGAUCACUGGUGAAGUAUUAGUUCAAGCAUCAGACGAUUGUAAAUCUCCAACUGUUGAUCAGUUAGGUUCACAUCUUGGUCUUCCCCCCAACAGCGCCUGCGGGGGUACACUUAGUUCAUCAAUGGCUCUACUCUCAAAUAAUGCCCCUGCAGUUAAACUGUCAGAUAGCCCAGAUGGAGCUGUCAUCAUUUCAACCUUCAGAAACCAUCCAGCAAUAACCAAAUCCAAAUCUUUGGCUCCAAAUGCUAAUGUUUUAACAACUCAACAAAGCAGCCAACAAACUAUGCACAUAACUGUGACUAGAGCACUGUCAUUAGGAUCAACAGAAACGGCUCCUUUUUCUCUCCCUUUAAAUAACAACCAAAAUAUAGUCUCAUCAGAUAAAAGUUUUAGAACUGAACCAGCUACUUUAGAAGGUCCUAAACCUCCUCCUCGAAAUAAAAAGAAAAAGCAGCAACCAAUUUUGGUUCAUCAACCAGCAUUAGAUUUGCCUCCAUCUCCCAAUAAAGAAGUAGGUUUCACUACUAGCUCAGAUUCCAGUCAUAAUCCUCUCUCACCAUCUGCUCUAAUGCCAGUCAUAUGCUUAUCAAGGUCUGCUAGUGAGACAGGAGAGAAGGGAUUGAAACCUCAGCUGGUUGAAACACUGGAAGCCUUUAAAGAGCCUUAUCUACUGUGUCCUGUUGUUCAGAAAAGUAUUAGUACUGGAGAUAUUCCCUGUGUUCAGUAUAGAAGAAACAGUACUUCUUCAUCAGAUUCUCUAAGAAAAGAGGCUGCAGCAAAGACAAUGUCUGAUCCUAAAAGUUUUAAUGAGUUAUCAGUAAGAGAAACAGAAUCUAAAGAAAUUCUAAGAAAAUCUUCUUCUGAUAGCCAUUUGUCCCUUAAUGAAAGUACUCAGGUACUGCACUACUCUCACCAUAUACCUGGUACUCACAACAGAAACUGGUUGCUGAAAAAAAUACAUGGAAAAUCAAAAAAGACCAAAAAGGUUGAAGGUGAAGAAAAGGAAGCCAAAAGCAGAAAUAUUUCAUGUUCAAAUGAAAUUUUUAUUAAUGAUUCUGGCAGUAGUAUUACUGCAAGUAAUCUAGAGGACAAUUCAAAACUAGCAGAUAAUUAUAGUGUGGAAGCAUUCUUUAAGGAUGUAAAUGAUGUAGACAACACAGAUUGUGGAGUAAAAAGUCCAGCUAGCAGUAAAAAUAUUUUCAGUCGUGUUAGUCUUAAAAUAAAGUCUUUAGGCUCAAGAAAAUCAUCAGAAGAAGAAGAGAAAGAGUUGGGUCCAACUCAUCCUGUUUACAGAUUUUACCAAAAGUCUCAGGAAAAGCUGCAGAAGUUUAAAAUUAAUGUCCUUGACCUAACAGAUGAUCUUGCCCGAAAACAUAACAUGAGAAAAAUGUACCUCUCAGAUGUGAUGCAGUCACGCAAAGCAGUUGACAAAAAUGAUGGAUCAUCAUUUUCAAGGUCAAGAAGCUCUAGUAUGUCAAGUUUAGACAAUGUUACAAAAGAGGCUAUCCAGUGUUUAGUGUUUGCUGAUUCUUACACAAGAAAACAAGAUAAUGAGACAUCUCCAUGUUUAUGGGUUGGCACUAGCUUGGGCUCUGUGAUUGUUAUAGUGUUAGUACUACAGCCUGAUCAGAGACACUCACAGCCUGUAAUAGUUUCACCUAGCGGUUCACUCUAUAGAAUGAAAGGUGCCAUUGUAUGUAUGUCCUUCUUGGACUUCAAAGGUGGCCUUAUACCAGCAGUAAGUGAACAAUGGAGGGACAAUAGAGACAACAGAGAUAUUACUGAAAGGAUAAGCAAUAAAGCUACAAGUAGGCAAAUGUCUGUGAGUAACUCCAAGCCAAAGAUUUCUCCUACAUCUUCUACUGAAAUAAAUAAUGAUAGACAGUUUGCUAUAAUCUGCUCUGAAAAGCAAGCGAGGGCUAUAUCUUUGCCUUCUCAAACCUGUGCUUUUAAAGUGAAAGUAACUGAAACUUCCUUUGUUGUUAGAGCUGAGGUGGUAGCAAUGAGAGAGAGUGUUUGCCUGAUGUGUUAUGUAGCUAAUGGCCAUAUUGUGGCAUUUAGUUUACCCAGUCUUAAGCCUUUAUUUGAUGCAGAUUUCUUGCCUCUAACAGAUUACAGAGUGGCCAGAACAUUUUGUUUCAGUAAUAACGGACAUGCAAUGUUUCUUUGUUCACCAUCUGAAAUACAGAAAAUUACUUACUCCUCUGAAAUAACUGAAAACUUAAAUGAAAUGUUGGGAGAAUUGUAUCUUCAUAAAGAGACUCCUGAGCCCCCCAAGCAAGGUUUUCUAAAAACAUUAUUUGGUGGUGGUGUGACAACAUUGGACAGAGAAGAACUUUUUGGGGAAGCAAGUGGUAAAGCAUCCAAAGGACUUGCUAAACAUAUACCUGGCUCUGGCAAUCUUCAUCAGCUGGCACAUCAGGCGGGUGCCUCGAGCAGUGAGUUCACUCGGACUAGAAUGCUGCUGUCUGAAAGAGGUGAAAAACUGGGAGACCUAGAGGACAGAUCAGCUCAAAUGAUGAACAGUGCAGAACAGUUUGCAUCAGCAGCACACAAUGUUAUGCUCAAAUGCAAAGACAAAAAGUGGUAUCAGUUUUGAAGGGCUGUCAAUAUUUGAAAACCUUUGAGUUAGUGCUACUCCUUAUGUAGCUUGUGUCAUCCAACUGAUACCUUCAGAAGUGUGGAGACUUGUGCUGAGACUUCAAGGAACUAAGUUGUAGGAGCGAUUGACUUAGCAGGAGCCUCACAUCCACUCAACAAUAAACAAAACCUGGAAAAUAGAAUUUCUCAGAAAAUCUAGCCUAACAUUUUUUUUAGUUUGUAUUGUAAUUGCAUAAUUAGUUCCAAUUUUUUUUUUUGUUUAUAUAUAUAUAUAUAACACACCUACACUUCUAAGUUGUACUAGAUACAUUCCAUAUACUAGUACCCUAAUUUUUACUUAAUAAAAUACAUUCCUAUUUUAUAAACUUUAUUAGAUCAUUCUAUGAACCAAUUGGUUAGUGAUGUAUGUGUAUAGAGGGGGACAAUUAUUCUUUCUCCAUUUAAUUAGUUGUCUUAUUUCUAUUUAUAAAAAUGUUAUUCCUUCUAAACAUGCAUUUCUAGGUCUGAGUAUCUGGCAAUUUACUCUUCAGAUUUGUGAUAGAUAAAAUUUUUAUAGCAGGUUUGGACAGUUAUUUGCUGACUUAAUUGGUGUCAUUUAUUUGUAAAUAUAAUCACUUAGAAUACCAUUUGAAUUGUGUAUAUACUAAUGAGGACAUUGAGAGUACAUUUAUCAUCUACUAACUAUACAAGUCAUACCUGCAAUACUUCCAAAUAGCUCUUAUUGUAUGAGUGAUUUAAUGCAGACCUUUUGUCCUUUUAUUUAUGUUAUUGUGCUAAUUUCAAACUUCAUCAAAUUAAUUGUCAAGUUGUUUACAUGACUGUGUUGAUACCUUUUUUUUUAAUUGUUGGUAUGGUAAUUAUUUUUUAAAGCUAUGCUGCAAUUUUUUUUUUAUUAAAAAAAUAAAAUUUGAAUUAUUAUUACAUUUGAAUUAUUUAGUGUUUAAAGAUUUAUUAAGGCUUAUUUUAUUUAUAUUAGAAAAAGCUUUAAUGAAACAUAAUAAUAAAGAAGUAAUACAUUAACUGAUUUUCAUAUCCCAUUGCUUUAUGGCAAGGAUUUUUAUACAGGGGUAUGAACAAGGAAAAUAUAAGUGUUCCCUCCCCCACUCUAUCAGUUUUAUGAGGAUUGACAGUUAAGUUACCUAAUCACAACUUUACAUUAGGCACAAUUUGACUUAACCUAAUAAUUUCAUGGAUUUGAUAAAAGAUGGUAAAUUUUUAGCCAAAUUUUGUCAUUUUAAGGAGAGAAAAAAGUAAAAAUGUACAAUUUCAAUUCAAACCUAUAUUACAAAACUAUUUUGAUUUUUAAAAAAAGUUAUACCUCCUUUGAAAAAUCCAUAUCCUUUGAAAAAAAAAAAUCAUUUCUAUAGACACUACUGUUGAGAACAAGUGAUUGUUAAGACAUUCUUAGAUAUAUCAUUUUUAACCAGAUAGACUUUUCUGACUAUCUGGAAAGUUGCUGAAAAUAUUGAGUACCGUAUUUAUAUGUGCUGAAACUUUCAUUUUUUAUUACUUUAUGAUGAAAGUUUACGGUCUUGAGUGUUAACACUAUAUUAUUCACCAUCUUUCCCUUUGAUGAGGGUAAAUAAUUGAACAAAAUUCUCACAUUGUUUGGCCCUCUGCAUUAAAAAAGUAACAAAAAGUUAUGUAAGACAAUGCCCACGUCUACUAGUCAAUACUUUAUUACAUUAAAUGCUAGCAAAUGAAUGUCUUGUUAAAUGGUCUCCUGGCUACUCAAGCCAACAAACUGCUGGUCUAGAGUUAGUAUGUUUUAGUGAUACUAUUUAAAAUAUCUUAUGUCCUGUGGGUAAUUUGAGAUUUGUUUUUCAUUUUACUUUUCUUGAUAUUUUGUUUAGUCCCUCAAUGUUUCCGUUGUUUCUUACAUGUCAGUUCUAAAAUGAAUGUUGGAAACUUACUUUAUUUGAACUCAUGUGAUAUUUUUGUUCAGUGAAUGUUACUCACUGUCUUUCUCUGUAAUACUGUGACAAUAGUAGUUUGAUUCCAAAUUUACUAAUAUUGAUUGCUAGUUUUGGCUUACAUAUUUGAUGUAUUUCAGUCAUCAGCAGAUAUUUUAUCUUUUUGAGUUUGAUGUGUGUAACUAGUCAGAUUUUGUUUAAUGAUUUUUUCCUAUUAACUCCAAUACCAAUAAAAUAUGGAUUCAAUAGGAUCCUCUUGUUCAAACACAAAAUGCUGUUAGUUGACAUUGUGAGAAAGUCUGCUGUAUUUCCCAGAGAAAUUCAAGUUUGUUUGGCCAGUUUGUAAGAUAAAAUGUUGAGCACAAGUUUUUCAACCUAAUUAUUUAGCAACAAUUAGUUUGAUAGUAGUCCUGUAUAAUUGCAAAGCACCAUUUCUUAAAAGUCAUAAACAAAUGUAUCAUUAUCAUGUUAAUGUAACCAAAUAGCUUCUUUUAGGCUACUAAAUGCAUUUUUGUUAUAUCUUGGUAGUUCUAUGUUAAAGGGAAAUUUCCAGUUGACACUAGAUUUGUUACUUGUAAUAGUGAUCUUUGUUCUUGGUGAAACUGUCACUGUACUACAGAUUAUGUGCAAUAAUACUGUACUUGUAGGAUAUCAUUUUGUAUUGAACACAUGAAAUGGAACUAGUGCAAUAGCUUAAACGAAUUGUCCACAGAACUAGUUAACAUUUAUGAUAAUUUCAAUAAGUUUAACUAGUGAAUGUUAACAUAGCUAUAAAAAUUUGGAAAAGAUCAACACUAUAUUAAUGUUCAGUCAAGAAAACAAUGCCCAAGCUUGAAGUGAAUAAAUAAGAAAUGUACAUAUUGCUUAGUGAGUUUUAUCCUAUAUUUAGAUCUACAUUUUCAUGUUGAAAAAACAAAACGGAAUUGUAAUAAUUAUUUAAAUGAGCGUAUUAAACACACAUUAACCAUUGUGUAACAUUGAGACUAUCUUUUAGCGAAACUAUUAGGUAAAUGUUUUUUAUUCUCUGCUUUGAUUAAGCAUGAAAGUCAUUCCAAUAACAACAGAAAAGGGUUCAACUGGAUUUAAUUGAACAUUUUAGAAUCACUUCAAUCUAAUUGUGUAGUGUGUAAUUGUUAACUGCUAUGAUACUCUGUGAUAAGAUCCAUUGUCUUAUUUGUAAUCUGGGACAUUUGCUAGCAUGUUAGCAGGAGAAGCUGGUGUUUUAACUUCUAUAUAUUGUACAUUGAGUAUGUUGUAUUAUUAUGUGACUGUUGAGUCUAGUAGGAGACCCUUCUUUAUGUAGACAGUCUUCAAGCACAUCUUUUUAUGUUGUACUGCCACAAGUCAAUAGUUACAUGUGCUGAUUGGAUAUACAGCAACUAUCUAUUUCGUUCAAUCAACAUAUUUCAAUGUAUCCACACACACAAUAUUUUUAGACAAGUUCUCUCAUGUUUGCCAGUGUCAUAAUUGUGUGAGAAUUUCAUGGUGGACAAAUAACUGGUAGACUAUUUUUAUACUUGACCUCAACUUGCUUGUGACUCCUCUAUUGGGUUUAUUGUAUGUGUCACAUUAGCAAGUGAUAAACCUUCUUUCUUUUACAGUUCAUGAAUCCUGUAAACAUUUGUAGAAUGAUAAGACACAACUAAUAAAGAAUACUACAAAGUCAAAAUUGUUUUUGUUUGUUUACAGUUAGAAGUUCAAUACAAAUAGCUGCCAUGACAAAAAUCAAAUGACUAGCAGGUGGUUGGAGGCAAGAGCAAAACACAAAAGUUACACUUACAAUUAGAAGACUAGACUUGUAUUCAAAUACAAAUUAAUUGUGGCUUUUUUUCCAAUAUAUUCUAAUAAUGAUGUAUAGCUAGUCUGAGACAUGACAAAGUAUACAAUUAAAUCAAAGAUGAGAAAGGUGAAGCUUUUUUUUUUUAUUUUCAAUGGUUAGUAAGUGCACACAAAAUGAAAUGUACACAAAUGGAAUAUAGUUUGAUUUUCAUCUGUACAACUGUAACAUGGAUAUGACAAAAGAUCUCAUCCAUUAAAAAAAAAAGGGAUAUUUAUAUUUUACAAUCAUUCUUGUCAUUAUUGAAAGUCAAUAAACAUUAUUUUCUAGUCAUAAAAUAAAAGCAAUCCCAAUGUUUAUUACUAAAAGAGUUCACAACAUGACCAUUUCUAAAUAAAAUAGUAUCCCACAACUAAUAAACUUGUCAUUGUUCAUUUCCCAUGCAUUUGUAGUCCUAAGCUUCGUACAUUGGCAUUAAUUUUACAGACUUUUUGUCAUUUGUAAUCUAUCGAAAAUAAUUUGUAACAAUAGAUCAAGUAUAAGUAAUCAGCAGUAUCCUAUAAUUUUAGAUUCUGUAAGUUGCACUUGAGAAAUAAGCUUGUUAUUUAAGAGAAGAGAAAAACUGGAAUGAUAAUAUUGUUGAACAAAACAAUGUGUGGGUACAAAUUAGUAUGUUGUUUGAAGGGAGUAGUGUUGCUGCUUGUUUUAUACAAUGUAGAGGAGGAAAGGAAUUCUAAUGCUAGGCAAACAGAUACUUGAGUGGGUUUACAGAAGUAUAAUUACCUUUCCAAUGCAGAUAAUCAUUAACAUUUUCUUAGGGUUUAGACCAAAACAAAAAUGGAAUCCACAAUAACUUUUAAUAAACAAUGCAUAGUGAGCUAGAGAUGCUAGGAGUUUUUUUUCACAAGGCACUCUGUGGAGAUGAAUGAGAUUCAAAUUUAUUUGAUGCCUAUGGGCUUUCUUAUCCAUAGCAUUUGAUAGGAAUAGUAUCUCCUCCUCAUUGUUAGUUAAGUAUCAGUCAGGAUUAGCUAGUUUUUAGUUAAGCUUUAGUCCACAUGUGGACAUCAAAUUUUACCAUUAAAUUUGAAGUCUUUUGAGAGCCAUUCUUUGAUGUAUAAAGUUAAAAAUUACCAAAUCAAAUGGUCACGGUCACAUGAUGACCAUUGAUAAAAGAAUGAAAAAUAUGGUCAUGUCAUAUCCAUAUGUGAUAUUCAUGUGAUAUCCAUGUUUGAUUCAAAUUAGGUUGUUAAUUGAAUAGAAUAGGUCGGGAAGCAUGUGGCUCAAGAGUGUUUGUUUACCAUUGGUGAAUGAGGUCCAUUGUUCGUCUUAAAAUUAAUAUCAAUAGCAAUUUUAACAUUCUAGAAUGGCCUGAUUAUUUGUGUAUAUUAGUUUACAAUUUGAUUUGAUGAGCUUUGUGACAUCAUUUGUAUGAGUCUGUCUAAUACAUAGAUUACAUCAUGGAGAAUACAAAAAGGGUUUUUAAAAUUUAAAAAAAAAACAA